AUGUCCCUCCUGCAGUGUCCCCAGCAAUGUAAUCCGGCGGAUGCCGGCAUGUGUCAUCUGGGUUCCGUCCUGUGCGAGCGUCGAGACGUACGGGGGACGGAACGGUGGGAAAUUAAAAAAUGACAAAAAUAUAACAUUACUGAAUCAAACCAUUUCACAUACAUUUUGUCCCGAGUGCUUUGUCCUGUGCCCUGCCUGCAUUUUUACUGUUCUUUCUGCCUGGAAACUGAGAAACGUCCAUAGUAUCCAAAAAGCGUCCCUUUAGGUCAAAAGCGGUUUUAGACCAGCUAGCAGAAU